AUGCUCAGCCUUGCCGGCCUCGGCCUGAAUAUCCUCCCUGUCCAGUCCGCAGCGGUUCCCAUCGCCGAUUUGGAUCGCCGCGGAGAGUCAAUCAACCAUGUCCAUGUCGCUGACAUGCUCGAGAAGCGCCACAAGUACAUUUUGGACGAAGACGAGAACGCACUCGAGAAGCGCCACAAGUACAUUUUGGACGAAGACGAGAACGCACUCGAGAAGCGCCACAAGUACAUUCUGGAUGAAGAUGAGAAUGCACUCGAGAAGCGCCACAAGUACAUUUUGGAUGAAGACGAAAGCGCACUCGAGAAGCGCCACAAGUACAUUUUGGAUGAAGACGAAAGCGCACUCGAGAAGCGUCACAAGUACAUUUUGGACGAAGAUGAGAACGUGCGCGUCUAG